AUGGAAUUGGUUGAAUCUGAUCGUUAUUUACAAAAUUUAACUAUUUUAGGUCACCAUAUAGAGUCCAAACGUCGGCGUGUCCCACAGAGCUGUAAACCACCAAACACAUACGCGAAGAUCAGAAAUGAAGCUGAUGAAAAAUACGAAUGCCUGGUGGCAAAACUGCGAACUGAAGGAACCCGCUGGGAAGAUCCGGAAUUUCCGGCCAAUGAUAAAUCACUUGGGCAAAUUAAUAUCAACUGUACUUAUUCAUGGAAGCGUCCAAAGGAAUUCAAUCCAAACGCAACAUUCUUCAUCAAAGAUUCUUUGCAAUUCAGUGCAAAUCAAGGCAGGCUAGGCGGUUCCUGGCUAUUCCCAAUAUUGGAUGCAGUAGGCAAAACACAAUCUAUGCGGAAACGUCUGAUGCCAGUUCAAGUGGAUAUCCAGGAUGAGCGCUACUGUGGAAUGUUUCGUGCAUUCUUUUGGCAUUUCGGUGAAUGGAAACAAGUCCUAGUGGACGACCGUCUACCAGUGGAUUCAAACAACAAAUUAAUAUUUAUGAGUUCGAAAAAUCCAAAUGAAAUGUGGGUAGCAUUGUUUGAAAAAGCGUACGCAAAUUUGGAGCCGUCUGGUCAAACAGUUCUCAUCAACCUGGGUCUACACGGUCCGGCUCCGUUAAAGUGA